AUGCGCUCCGUCUGGGUUGUGGCUUUAGUUUUCGGUCUGUUGUGCUACCAAGUGAACGGCCGUUUCAUCGUGAAAGUAAGUUUAUACCCAAUUUAAAUAGUGGCUCUUUAUCAGUGAUAAGACCGAACUUUAUUUUUGAAAUAAUCUUGUUUUUAAAAUGUCAUACUUUGACUCCAUUAAACUCAAAACAUUACUUUAAAAACAUGAUAAUAUUUUUUCAGAGGGCAGCCGUAUCAACAACAACAUCAACCAAAUCUGAAGAUUCGAAGGAAACCAGUUCUGAUAGCAAGGAUGACAAAGAGGACAGUACUAGUGAUACAGAAGAAGAAUCUUCAGACACGGACGACGGUGACGUAGAAGAACAGAAAGAUGCUAAACCAGUAACAGAAACCACCGUGGUUACUGUAAAACAAAGUAACCACGUGGACGACGAUAACGCCGAGGCUACAGAAUAA